CCAUUAUACACAACUAUCACAACCGGAAUAGAAAAAUAUAGAUGUGUAACGCCAAGUAAAUAUACAAAAUGGACACAAAUGCGAUGACUACGUCAGGUUUGCUCGAAUGGGAGUUUUCCCUGCCAUCAGACCAGAUUAUAUCCCAUGGCUGGUAUCAUGGAGCCCUAAGUCGCACGGCAGCAGAGAAUCUAUUACAACAGGACAGAGAAUUCUUAGUAAGGGAUUCGUCCUCGCAACCCGACAACUAUGUAUUGAGUUGCCGCUCCAAUGCACAGCAUCUUCAUUUCGUUAUACAACGGAUUGUCGUGCACCCCGAAACUGUUUAUGAAAGGUAUCAAUAUCAAUUUGAAGACGAAGCGUAUGACACAGUUGCGGACCUCAUAACUUCAUAUGUCGGCUCGGGAAAACCAAUAUCAGCUGCUUCAGGCGCAAGAAUUCAAUAUCCCGCCAAUCGAAUAGUGCCCUUAACAAAUUAUAUUCCAAAUGACGACUUAAAUUCUGUUAUCUCACCAAUUGGCGACGGUUCUGGAACUUACAGUCUAUACAGUCAUUUUGCAGCUAAACCUGGAUUACAAUUACGAGUUCCCUUCAAGAAGCAACGAUCGCAUUCAUUAACUCCUAUUGACAUGGGUCAACAUGGCAAUAAUGGGAAAAGCGCAAGUGCAGAUGGAGUAAUCCAAAGCCAAGCUACUAAGCACGUUAAAAACUUUUCUGGCGAUUCCAAUUCCAGUUCUAGUACGUGGGAUGCAAAUUUACCGACAAGCCCCCCUGCUAAACCUGCGCGGUAUGAAGGUCCUAAGGCAGAUGAUAGACGCUUGGAAUUACAGAGACUUUACCACGUUUCAGGGUCGGACUCUGGAAACGGUUCUGGAGACUCCACUCAGAGUUCAGCUCACAGUGAUCCUAAUAAAUCACGAAUAGAGUCCGAUUAUAAUUUGGUAACCCCUACUAUCAAACAGCAAUUUGACUAUGAGUUGUCAGAGGCUAGAUUGUUACAAUCUGAAAACUUGGAUUACGUAGUUGACUCACGGAUUAAUCUCGAAAAUUUUCAAUCACAAAUUAUACCUCUCGGUUUAACAAAGCCUCUAGAAUCAGAGACUUUGCAUACUAUUAAACUUCUACUUAGAACUUCGGGCCCGCGUAUAUUAGCAAAUCACAUGACCAAAGUCGAUUUACAUUUCUUAUUAGAUGAUGCCAUACAGUUAGAAGGUAUCGACAGAACAGCAUCCGGUUUGGAACUAUGUUUUCUUCCCCAGGGCAGAACUUUACGAUUAGAUGUGAUUGAAAGGAUUGAAACAUAUAGACUGCUUAUUGCGGUGACCAUCUUAACAUGUCAAACUGACCGUCAACGAGCUGACACCAUUAACGAUUGGAUACUCUUAGCUGUGGAGACAAAAACGGCUCUUGGAAAUCUAUACGGUUUUUCUGCAAUCAUGUUCGGCUUAUGUAUGCCACAGGUGGAGUGUUUAGAAAAUGCUUGGAAUAUUUUAAGACGCGUGUACACUGACAACGCGUUUAUGUUCGAAGCAAAACUGCGUCCAUGCUUUAAGAGCAUGAAUGAGGGGACAAAUCCUUUGCCACCUAAUACUACAACUCCUUAUGUUCUUCCGUCAGUAUUAUGCUUCCAUUUAUUUGACGGCGAAAGCGGAGGACUUAUGCCGCCAGAUGAUUCAUUUCCGACGAGCCUUAUGAACACGCUCGAAUUUGAUUUCAAUGCUACGGCCGCUCAUCUAGAUGCCGCCCGUCAUUUCCCUGACCAAGUGGAGAUGUUCAAACGCAAUGCCCGAACUGUGGUACAAGAAAUGUCCUCUUUGGGGUCCACAUUGGACCCCACUUUACUGGAAUUAUUUAGGACCGAAUUCCACAUAAAUUUCUUGUGGGGAGAGCGAGGCGCGUUGACUAUACCGAAUCAGCGAUUUGCUAGACUGACCGACAUUCUCACUACCAUGGCUAAUAAGUUGUCGAUCCAACCCGCAGAUGCUGUGGACACUAUAUAAAGUGGACUGUAUAAUACUAGUGAUACUAGUGAUCGUUUUAAUCAUAUCAUAGAUAAUAAUAAUAGUAUUACGAACCAAAUACAUAUAUAUCUACAAUAGAACAUAUUUUAUUAUUUGAUAAAACACAAACUAUUUAGACACCACCGAAGUUUAGUAUUUGUUAGGAGAUAUGUAGUAUUAGUACCUAUACUUGUAUGUUAAAUAUAUUAUUUCAUGUAAAAUUAACUUGGCCAAGUAUCGUUUUAGUAAUUAUAAAAGUGUUGUGGAAAAACUAAA